AUGGUCUUUGGAGACUCUCGCAGUGCCCGACCUUACCUGCAGAACUUUUGUGUCGCGCCCAAGUGGCGAAGACGUGGCCUGGGCCGCGUUCUGCUGAAAAUGGCGGAGAGGGUGGUGCGCGAUGUUUGGCGUGAGGAUAGAAUCUACCUCCAUGCUGGUAGCAACGAGGCAGCUGUUCAGAGCCAGUCAUCAACACUUGUGGUAGUUUCAACAUGUUUCAACAAGUCUCAACAAGUUUCAACAAUCCACUUUGAGACAACAGUUGUGUUUGAGUCAACGAAUUCUCUACCUGGGAGCUUUGGGCCGGGCGCGACUCGUUUAAACAACAUAGGAAUUGAGGAAGAAAGGCAGAAACGUAACGAUGUGCAACAUUUUUUUCAACAUUGGUAUCUUUGA